AUGCUUACCCAAUUCUUUCAAUUAAAUGUUGAUGAUGAAACUACAAAUUGGUACUUAUAUCGAGAGAUCCCGCAACACUAUAAAUGGUGCAACAGUGCAAAGAUUUGGCAGUUGAGAUUGAACCAUCAAAGAGUAAUUGGUAGAAUUUACACAAUUUCACCAUCAGAAGGGGAGAGAUUUUACCUGAGAAUUUUACUCAAUCAUAUCCGAAGACCAAAAUCAUUUGAUCAUUUGUUAAUGAUUAAUGGAAUUGCGUACCCAACUUUUAAACAAGCAGCUGAACAUCAUGGUUUGUUAGAGCAUGAUGAUAGCAUAGGACAAUGUUUGUUAGAAGCUGCAACCAUGCACAUGCCAUCAACUUUAAGGAGAUUGUUCGUUACAAUUUUGGUUUACUGUGUGCCAACAGGGGUGCGAAGUUUGUGGGAUGGAAUUUAUCCUUACUUGAUUGAAGAUUACAUAUCUACAAACAGUAUGAAUAAUAUGUAUAUCCUUAACAAAACCCUGCAAGAUAUAAACUGUCUCCUGCUACAGCAUUAUAAGAACAUAUCAGAAUACGAUUUGCCUGAGAUGACAAUGAAUUUGGAUGAUAAUUCAACAGUUCCAAAGGUCAUACAAGAUGAGCUUUCCAUUGUAACUCCUCAAAAAGACUUAAAUUCUAUUGCCACAUUAAAUAUGAGAAGUCAAGGUCGAAUUGCCAUUGUAACAGCAACUUCUAGAAUUGCAGCUAUACUUUUACCUAGUGGAAGGACAACCCAUUCAAGAUUUAAGAUCCCAUUAAAUCCAGAGGCUUCGUCCGUGUGUUCCAUUACUAAACAAUCAGAUUUGGUAAAAUUGAUUAGACGUGCAACAGUCAUCAUUUGGGAUGAAGCUAUAAUGACAAAUCAUUAUGCUUUUGAAGCUUUGAAUCGAACACUCAUAGACAUCACUAGUAUUGAUUAUCCAUUUGGUGGCAAAAUUAUGGUGUUUGGUAAUGAUUUUCAACAAGUACUUCCAGUUGUUCCUAAAGAUGGUGUACAACCUACCAUUAUAGAUGAAAUGAUCAAUGUACCAACAUCGAUGGCAAUACUAUGGAAUGACGAAGAAUCAAUAGUUCGACUAUUAGAAGAAAUUUAUCCUGAUAUCAGAAACCAUUCUUUUGACGCCGAGUAUAUGAUUAGUAGGGGCAUAAUAACUCCUCGGAAUGAAAAUGUCGACAAGCUCAAUGAGAAAAUCAUUCAGAGAUUUCUGGGAGAAUUAAAAGUGUACCACUCAUUUGAUAAAGUUGAAAAUGAUAUCCAAAAUUUGUAUCAACAAGAGUUUUUAAAUUCCAUUUCACCAGGAGGAAUGCCUCCACAUGCAUUGCAUUUGAAAGUUAGAGCCCCAAUUAUGCUUUUGAGGAAUCUUGACCCUUCUUUUGAUUUGUGCAAUGGCCCCAGGCUACUGUGUCGAGCUUUGAACGAUAAUUUCAUAGAUUCAGAGAUUUUAACAGGACAUUUCAAAGGCACAAGAGUUUUCUUGCAUCGCAUUCCAUUAAAGGCACUGGAAAACUUAAAAUUUCCAUUUGAAAUGACUCACACACAAUUUCCAGUUUGCCUUAGUUUUGCUUUGAUGAUAAAUAAAUCACAAGGUCAAACAAUUCCACAUGUGGGAAUUUACCUUCCAAAUCAUGUAUUUAGUCAUGGGCAACUAUAUGUUGCUUUAUCUUGA